AUGAGUUUCUAUGCGAACCUCCCCGUUGGUGUCGGUGACGUGGCCGCACAGCCGACCUUGUUCGAAGUUGUGUCGUCAGAAGAGGUCGAGGCGUUGCUGCCCCGUGCGUUGCGGUACGUGCUGGCACGGCACUGGGUCGCUGGCCGUCCCACGAGGGUCAACCUGUGGCUGCACAACCGCUUCGACGAGUGGUAUUUCGGUGUCGUGAAGCUCGCUGUCGAGUGGUACCAUCUGCAGACGCACGGCACGACGUUCGUCGACAAGUUCUACGGGCUGGGCAGGGCGUCCGCUGUCGAGGGCACGCCGCUGACGAGGGUCCAGCGGAUCGCCGUCAUGUUGCAGAAGAUCGUGGUGCCGUACGUCGAGGAGAAGUUGCAACGGUAUGGCGAAGUUGGUUUGCUGGGCCAGUGGGUCCCACUAGCUACACGGCUUAUACGAUUGCUGGACUUGCUAUGGAAGUUGCGGUACUUGCAAGGAGACCCCUGCAGUGCUGGGAUCCUGGACUACUUGUUCCGUAUCCGACGUACGAGACUUGCGACGUCGAGUGCAGAUUCAGGAAACAUGGAACCAUCGAGCAGCAGGCUCCCCAGGUCCAAUUGGUACAGUGUCGCUGGACAGUGGGCUCGCGGUGCAGGGACUGUCGGUAACGCAGCGUUGUACUCUUGCUCGCAAUUGUUCCCGUUGUUCAUCUUCUCCCUCAAAGUGUACCAGUGGCUGCAGGACCAUGCGGACCAGCAGCGUGGGUCCCAGGGCGACGAGGACACGGUCCCAGCACCGGGACCCUUCAAAAUGUCCACGGCUCCCAUGACAAGUGGGUGUCCAGUGUGUCGCGAUGAAGUGCGUAAUGCUUGUGUUCUCGAAACCGGUGUCGUAGUGUGCUACCCGUGUGCCCUAGCGUACGUAUCCUCCCACGAGGGGAAGUGCCCAGUGACGGGGAAGCAGUUGCUGGGAUGUACUCUCGACGAUGAGGGCCAAUGGACUUUCCGUGACGGUUUGCGCAAGUUGCUCAUAUGA